UUUGCAACCCAGACGUACCUCAUUUCCCUGCGCCUUCGCUCGGAGAUCUAGGCUGGCCUUUCUGGCGCGACCCUGGUGUCGCCGGCCCGCGGACAGGACGCCGAGAGGUCUGCAGAAGCCGGACAUGGACUCCGUGGACUUAGAGGACGUGGCUGUGAACUUCACCCAGGAAGAGUGGGCUUUGCUGAAUGCUGCUCAGAGGAACCUCUACAAAGAUGUGAUGCUGGAAAUCUUCCGGAACAUGGCCUCAGUAGAUAGUUGUGCUCCAAUGAAAACCAGAACAUCAAGUCCUCAGCAGGUUAUUUUUGGGAAUGAACUAUCCCACAGAGAGAAAAUAAGAAGUUUCAUAACAAAUGAUUCCCAGCCCAAUUUGGAAGAAAAAGGGAAACUUCAUAACAUUGAAGAUCAGCCCCAAAUCCAGGACAGGAAUUUGAGGGAAUGUGUGAGCGGUCAUAGAGGACAGAAAAUCCCUGCAUGUGAAGUGUGUGGGAAAACGUUUAUGCAUUCCUCCUCCCUUAAGCUACAUUUAAGACGUCACAGUGGAGAAAAACCUUAUGAAUGUAAUGAAUGUGGGAAAGCUUUCAGUUGUCCAACAUACUUUCGGGAACAUGUGAGAAUGCACACUGGAGAGAAACCCUAUGAAUGUAAGUAUUGUUGGAGAGCCUUCAGUUUUUACUCAUCCCUUCAAGAACAUGAGAGAACACACACUGGAGAGAAACCCUAUAAAUGUAAGCAGUGUGGGAAAGCCUUCACUUGUUACUCCUCCCUUCAUGGACAUGAGAGAAUACACAGUAAGCAGAAACCUUAUGAAUGUAAGCAAUGUGGCAAAGCCUUCAGUUGUCCCAAAUACUUUCGACAACAUGUGAAAAUGCACAGUGGAGAAAAACCCUAUGAAUGUAAGCAAUGUGGGAAAGUCUACAGUAUGUCCACCAACCUUCGACAGCAUAUGAUAACGCACAGUGGCGAGAGACCAUAUGAAUGUACACAAUGUGGGAAAGCCUUCAGAUGGCCUACCUCCUUACGAUUACACAUGAAAACGCACUCUAGCGAGAAACCCUAUGAAUGUAAACAGUGUGGAAAAGCCUUCGUGUUUCCUUCAUGCUUUCAAAGACACGAGAGAACACACAGUAAAGAGAAGCCCUAUGAAUGUAUGCACUGUGCGAAAGCCUACAAAUGCCUUGAAUCCCUUCAAGGACACCUGAGGAAACACACUGGAGAGCAACACUAAGAAUACAAAGAAUGUAGGCAAGUCUUCAUUCACCCUUAAAGCCAAGUUGUGCACGCAGGAAAAAUCCCUAUUGGUGUAAAUGGGAAAACCUCCAGGUACAGCAAUCCUCUUAUUGUAUACACGUAAACUCAGAACAGGAAAUAAAUCUUUUAAUUGUUAUGUAUGAUAUUGCCUUUAUUUGCACCUCAUCCUUCAUAUGGAUCUCUUGUAUUGAUUUCUAGUUUAUGUUUCUAACGUAAUCAUCUAAGAUAAUAUCCCUCUAUGUCCUUGGGUAGCACAAAUGGUUAAGUGCUAGACUACUAAUUGAAAGGUCGGCAGUCCCAAUCCACUCGGAGGUGUCUUGGAAGAGAGUCCUGGCAAUCUGCUUCCAAAAACCAGCCAUUGAAAACCCUGUGGAGCGCAGUUCUAUUCUGAAACACCCGGGAUGCCAUGACUUGGAAUCAACUCAACAGCAACUGGUUUGGUUUUUAUGUUCUUUUUCAGCUGUACCAUAUACAUUUUGUUAUAUGAAACUUUAAAUAUACAGUUACAUAAAACUUGUCUCAUUUC